GUCGUUGGAGUCCCACAUUUAUUUUAUCCGAAGCAAAAUCCUUGUUCCACCGCCAGCUGCCACAAAUUCAUUUUCCCCAAAUUUCCAAUAUGGCUUCUCUUUUGCUUGGAGUUGGAGCUCCUCCUCCCAUGGCUUCCCCAUCCUUCACCCUUCACCCUUCUCUUUCCUUCUCCAAAUCCGUAAUCCACACUCCUCCGCUUCCCGCUUCCGCCACUUCACUCUCCGCCGCCGCCUCCACCCCGACGCUUCCUCUCAUUUACUGUGGCAGGGGAGAUAAGAAAACUGCUAGAGGGAAGCGUUUCAAUCACUCGUUUGGCAAUGCGAGGCCGAAGGAUAAGAAGAAGGGGAGAGGACCGCCGAGGGUUCCGGCACCGCCGCUUCCUCCGAGAAAAGAUAAGUACGACGACGGUGAGGUGGUCAAAAUUGAAAUCGAUGAGUCUCUGUUUUCGAAUUGAGUAAAAAGAAAGAACACUUUUCUAUGUAAUCUCUGUUUCUCAUUGUUUGUUCUUCUGUUAAUUGCAAAAUUCAAUACCAAUGAGUAAUUCUCUUAUAUUUUUCCCGGAAA